AUGAGCCUGCCGCCGCGCUUCCAAUUCAGCACCCCGCAGCUCACAUAUCGCCUCGCCAGUGAGGGCACGUCGUUGAAACGCUUUUUGUGGAAGAUAGACGACUCCCCGCAAUCGAUCCUCAUCAUCCGCUCGGCGGCCGGCGACGUGUUCGGCGAGUACUGCAGCGCAUCGUGGGCCACCCGAAAAGAAGGGUUGCAGGGUCAUUCAAAAUAUUUCGGGCCCGGGGAGACGUUCGUCUUCCGCAUCGAUGACAAGAACCCUUUCGGGAUGCCGAUCGUCUACAAUUCGACCGGCUACUACGGUGCGGGUGACACAAAUGACGACAACCCAGGUCUUUCCAAGAAGAAGGCAGCAUGGCCGUGGCCAUUGGAGAAGAGAACGUGGCUCGAGCUGACGUGCACCUAUCGAAGAGAUUUGGCGAGGGACUGGGAAUUAUUUUGCUGCGCGCGAUUGUCCACUGGAGGCCAGGCAGCCGAGCUCGGCCGUUUUGAGCUCCGCGCCCAGGGCGCCUACAACUGGUGCUGGUGCACAGCCAAUUUGAAUCGGCGUCCGUUGAAACAUCCGCUUAUUUGCCUUGAAGUGGAAGAUGAAGGUCGCCGGCCGAUCUGGUCUAACUGCCGAAAUAUCGAAAUACCGAGGAAAGAAGUGUGGGUCUACUACACCGGAUGGACGGCGGCCGGCGCAGCUGAGGAGCUUUUUGAAGCAGAUACGACCCCGAUCGGCAAUGAGGAUGGGUCGGAAAAGCUCGCACCCAACGCGCCAAAACGACCCAGAAGCCGGGCCCUCUUUGAAGAUGUCACCAACAAAGAAGACUCGCUCGACUCAUUCGACUCGCCGCAAAAGAAGCAAGUACCAAGGAGACGCUCUCCGACAUUGAUCACGUCGCAAACGGAAGAUGCGACCAGCACAGAUUCCUUCGACUCCUUUGACUCCUUCGACUCUCCGCCAACAAAGAAAAUUCGGAUCUCUCCAAAAAAGCGAUCGCCGGCCCGGAUUUUCCCAUUAGAAAGCGGCGUUCCGGGGUUCCCCGCGCUCUACGAUUUGGAGGGAGUGACGCUCUCUGUGCAAUCGGCGACCGUCUCUGAAGGACAAGCCAUUUUGGACUGUAUCGACCUGAAGACGCACCAGCAAUCAUUCGCCUACCUUCAAGACCAAUGGGCCGAGCUGGGCAUUGUCGCCGGGGAUACAAUUCGACUUUUUGAUGCCAAGCGCUGGCAGGAGAACGGCUGGAUAGUCGACGCUGAGCAUGGAGUGAUUAUCACGCAACCGGAUACACUUGUUUCGGCAACCUCCGUUUCACAGGCUCUAUUUUGCCAGCGAAAAGCCGUGCUCGGCGACCGAUUCCGCGGCGGCAACAGCACCAACAAGGCUAUGUUCAUGGGCUCGAUCAUCCAUGACCUUUUCCAGACGGCCAUCCAGCAGCCCCCGGGCACCGUCAACGGCGAGUGGCUUCUAAAAAGAUGGCGCAUGUCGAUCGACGAAGAUCCAUCGGCACUCGUCGCUCUCGUCGCUCUCAAUUUCUCGCCCAGCACCUUUGAGGCCGAGCUGGACCCCUACGUAAACAUCAUCUGCCAGUGGGUGAGGGACAAAAUGUCCCAGCGGCGUCCCCUGCCUUCCGGAGCCACCAUCACCCGGGUGGCCGAUAUCGAGGAGAACGUCUGGCUGCCGAAGCUCGGCAUCAAGGGCAAGAUCGACGCCACGUUUUGCGUACAAAAAAACGGAACCUCAUACUUGGAGCCGCUGGUGCUAAAAACUGGCCGGAGUGGAGCGUCGCACGAACACUCGCUACAGGUCCUCCUCUACUCGCUGAUGCUAUCGAUCACUGAAGCAUCCCCAAUUCGACCGGCCUCCCUGCUCUACUUGAAAGACGGCGUGGCCAGGAAUAUUGAGCCAAAAGCAAUCGACUUGAAGGGUAUUCUUUCCGUGAGGAACCGGAUCGCCGGCCAGCUGGGGGAUAUUGCCCGCGAAUUGCCCGAACCGCUCACCGAGACGAGGCCAUGCGGCCGCUGCGAGCACGCGAUGGCCUGUUCGUUAUAUGGUGACUACGGCGGGAAUCAGAAAGUCAGCGCACAGUUUUCGGCUUUUUCCGAGGCGAGCACAGCCUAUUUGAAGCCGGCGCAUGCUGCGUAUUUUAAGAAAUGGAUGCACAUGCUGACGCUGGAGCUCAAAACUGCGCAAAGCAAGUCGGCCACCCCGUCGCUGAUCUGGACGAUGACUCCGGAGGCUCGGGAAAUGCGUGGCACAUGCGUGGGAGAUCUGCGACUAGGGCGUGUGGAGAAAGCGGCGGCUGGCGGCCGAAGUCUGCUCGUGUUUGAGAAGUCGAUCAACAUCACCACCGGCGCAAUCUCUUCCGGCGACAUGGUGGCCAUCUCCACGAAAAAGCGCUACGGAAUCAUCACUGGCUUCGUGGCAUCGAUUAAAGAUAAUACCGUCGAAAUCACCUCCGAUCACACGCUGCCCAGGAAGGGGGAGGAACGCUACUUUAUGGACCGCAUCGAGUCGUUGUCCACCCACUCGAUGCAAAUGGCUAACGUGGCCGGGUUUAUGCAGGAUGAGGCUUUGAGAAAUGACCUCCGGCGUUUCAUCAUCGAUCUCGACGUGCCGGGGGCCGGAAAAAUUACAAAGUCCGAUUUGGCAAGAAUCAAGCCCCUGCUCUCAAAGCUCAGCCGCGAACAGGCAAGGGCCGUUGUCAAGGCGUUGAUCUGCAAAAACUAUACGCUUAUCGAGGGACUGCCCGGUGCUGGUAAAAGCACAACCUUGGCCGCCGUCGUCAAAUGCUUCUUGCUGUUCGGGAAGUCAGUGCUCGUCACCUCGCACACUCACUCCGCCGUCGACAACCUCUUCGAGAAAUUGCUGGAUGAUAUCCUUGCCGAUGACAUGCUGCGGAUUGGGAAUGUGAAAUCGGUGAAGCCAAAGGUUUCUCAUCUCUGCAUCGAGGAGAAGCUGAAAUCGAUCAUCACCGAGCGCUAUGAGGCGAUGAAGAAGACGCUCACUUCCGUGGAAGUCGUCGGGGCAAUGUGUCUAUCCGUGUGCUCACAUCCGCUGUUCUCCUUCCGGCGUUUUGACGUCUGUCUGGUGGAUGAAGCCUCGCUAGCCGUCGAAUCAACAUUGUUGGCACCGCUUUCUGCCUGCGCCCGCUUCGUGCUUGUCGGUGACGCCAAGCAGCUCGCCCCCUUGGUGCAAAGCCGCGAGGCAAAGGAGCUCGGCAUGGACGUAUCCCUAUUCGAGCGACUGCAGGUGCACAAGGAGUCCCAGGCCAGCCUCACUUCGCAGUAUCGCAUGAAUAGCCGCAUUGCCGUGCUCGCCUCCAAACUGUUCUACGGUGGCCUGUUGAGAUGCGCGACCGACGAGGUGGCCGAUGGUCGUCUACAGAUCUCGGAAAACCACGGAAAUGCGUCUAUCUCCCUCGUUUUCCCGCCGCUCCUCGCGCAUUCUGUCGUGUUUGUCGACACCGAUUCGGCUGGAAAUGAUGAUGCAACGAUGUCGAUGGAAGGCCGCGGAGCCACCAGCAACGUCUACGAAGCGGCGAUCCACAGCAAGAUUAAUUCG